AUGGAAAACCAGAAUGAAGAAGAUCACAUGGUUGAAUUUACAAAUCCAGAAGCACUGAAUUCCACCAAUCCAAUACUGAGGCCGAGGAUGGUAUUAUUGAAACAUUUUGUCACCCACACUGAACAGGUUGAAAUUGGGAAGAAGUGCAGGCAGCUUGGUCUAGGUCCUGGUGGCUUUUAUCAGCCUGGUUACAAAGAUGGAGCAAAACUUCAUCUGCAGAUGAUGUGCCUUGGCCGCGACUGGGAUCCUGAGACUAGGAAAUAUGGCUCUAGACGAACAAUCGAUGGUACUCAGCCUCCUGCUAUUCCUCAUGAAUUUAGUUUGUUGGUUAAAAGAGGAAUUGAAGAGGCGCAUGCCCAUAUUAAAGAGGAAUUCAGAGUUUCCAGUGUGGAAGAGAUACUCCCUUCAAUUUCUCCUGAUAUAUGCAUUGCCAACUUUUAUACAACCAGUGGACGACUUGGCCUCCAUCAGGAUCGCGACGAAGGCAGAAAGUCUCUCAAAGAAAGUUUUUCUUGCAUAUAUGGGUUGGUGGGUUUAAUCCUGAGUAUGUAG